AUGAACCGCUUACAAAAUACUGAAUUGUGGCAACAGUUGAAGAACUUUCAGAGAAUAGGCGUGCAGAAAGGAAUUCGGCGUCAUGCACGCUUUCUCCUGGCAGACGAAAUGGGACUCGGCAAGACGAUUCAAGCUUUAGCGAUCGCUUAUGUUUAUCAAGAGACAUGGCCCGUUUUAGUAAUUGUUCCCUCGUCGCUGAGACUGACAUGGAAGGCCGAGAUACAACAGUGGCUGGAUCUCCAAGAUGAAGAAUGCCCUGUUAUUUUCAAAGGAAGCAGGAAAACGAUGAAAUUCUGUAUCAUCAGUUACGAUUUGGUGAGCAGAAACGCCGAAGAGAUCACUGCUAGAAAAUUCAAGUUCAUCAUUGCCGACGAGAGUCACUAUAUCAAGAACCGUGCUGCAAAACGGACCAUUGCUUUGCGACCGAUUUUCCACCAAGCAAAGCACGUUAUUUUGCUCUCUGGCACGCCUGCAUUUUCAAGACCUGUGGAACUAUAUCCGCAACUAGAAGCCUUGCGUCCCGAUCUUUUCACCAGUUUUCAUCAAUAUGGCUUGCGGUAUUGUGCAGGAACAUACCAAGCGUUUGGGUGGGAUUAUUCAGGAUCGACCAAGCUCGAAGAAUUGAAUUUUCUAUUAGAAAAGACGAUCAUGGUACGACGCCUCAAGAGAGAUGUUGAUUUGGAGCUACCAAAAAAAACGCGGCAGGCUAUCUAUAUGACCUUGGUUCCUGGCAAAGCAAAAGAAGUCAAGUGCAUCAAAAACGAAAUUGAUAAUCUCGACAAUCAAAUCCGUUUAUUGUACGUGGAGUCUGGUAAGGCCAAGCUACCCUCCAUGAAUGAAUAUAUCGGUCAUUUGCUGGAGAGCACGACGAGCAAGAUAAUCGUAUUUGCUUACCAUUUGGAAGUCAUGGAUGGUAUUGAGAACUUUAUAACCCAGCAACAUGCAAAGGUAAAGAGACGAAUUGAUGGGCAAACAAACCAGCAAGUUCGCCGAUCGUUGUGUGAAGAUUUUCAGAGCGAUGUCAAAGUGCGAGUAGCCAUCCUGAGUAUUGCGGCCGCCAAUGUGGGUCUCACGCUUAGUGCUGCCGAUGUUGUCGUAUUUGGCGAACUUUUCUGGAACCCGUCCCAACUCCUUCAGGCGGAGGAUCGCGCUCAUAGAAUCGGACGUGUUGGUCCAGUAGACAUCAAGUAUCUUUUAGCCAUGGAAAGCAUUGAUGGCUUUCAGUGGCCAAUGGUGAAAAGAAAGCUUCAAAUCGUCGGAAAAGCGUUAGAUGGUGGCCAAGACAAAGUGAACCUUGACAUGUCUGAGAAAACAGAGCCAGAGGAAAAGCGGCACAGACCGUCCCACCACCAAUGACCUCACUGAAGCUGCUUGUUCCUAUCUAUCGUGAUGUUGCAGGACCUUGAUUCGGCCGGUGAUGUUGAGCCUUUAUACAUCGAAAUCAUUGCUUUAUAUGUAAUCGUUUAUUCUCAU